GUGCGGUCCUGCUGGGCCUCCUCCUCCAGCACACGGAGCCCAGGAAGAGCCUGACCGUGGCACAGGGCACCAUGAAGGUCCAGCUCCUGCCUGCGCUGACGGACAACUACAUGUACCUGAUCGUGGACCCUGACUCCAGGGAGGCGGCCGUGGUGGACCCCGUGCAGCCCCAGAAGGUCGUGGAGGCGGUGAGGAAGCAGGGCGUGAAGCUGACCACGGUGCUCACCACCCACCACCACUGGGACCACGCGGGCGGCAACGAGAAGCUGGUCAAGCUGCUGCCGGGGCUGAAGGUGUAUGGGGGCGACGACAGGAUCGGGGCCCUGACCCACAAGGCCACGCACCUGCUCGCCCUGCAGGUGGGGUCUCUGAGCGUCAAGUGCCUGUCCACGCCGUGCCACACCUCCGGACACAUCUGCUACUUCGUGAGCCAGCCUGGCAGCGCUGAGCCCGCCGCCGUGUUCACGGGUGCGUGUGCGGGUGGCGCGCAGUGCGCAGCCGGCGUCCCCCCAGCCUCGGUCCCAGCCAGGCUGAGGAAAGUGUACUGCGGCCACGAGUACACCGUCAGCAACCUCAAGUUCGCGCGCCACGUGGAGCCCCACAACGCCGCCGUCCGGGAGAAGCUGGCGUGGGCCAAGGUGAGUUCGCAGCCGGCCGCUGCCAGGCGCCUGCUGCCCCUUAGCCCUGGCGCCCGGGGGCACAGGCCGGCAGGCCGUUGGCUCCUCCCCUUCCAGGGGGCAGGGACGCCGGGGGCCCGCACUGCCCCUCCCCCUGGCGCCGAGCUGCUGCUGCUGCGUGACCUCGCCAGGGCGGUGGGCGCAGUCUGGGUGAUGCUGGGCCCGCGAAGGGUGGACGGUGUCUCCUCCCCGACUCCCCUCACGCCCCCGGCCUCUGGCGUUUGCUGCUCUGCCACGGCGCUUUCCUGGAGGGAUCCUGUAUCGCCACGCUGCCGCCUCUGGAGGUGCCGGCUCCCGGUCUCCCGGAGCGCUGGCUGGCAGCUGGUGCCCCGGGAAUCUGCCCUUCCGUCCAGGUUGCCAGAGGUUGAGCGCUUUGCGCUGUCUCCACUGAACGCCAGCCAGGGUGCGGUGUAACCCGCGCGAGACCCGCAUCUGCUUGAAGGGUGCAGCCCCGGGCUGGGACGGAGCGUCUGUGCGUGCAGUCCCUGCCGCGAGGGGAGGGCGCCGGGCCCUCGGCAGCCACUGGCCUCCGUGCGCCACGAGUGCCCUGUCACUGUGGGACUGUGCACGUCUGAGCCACAUGACAGGCAUUCCUGCGUCGUUUCCAGCUCGAUGAUUCUGAGAUUCCGCCGUGGUCCUUUUUCAUCGCUGUGUAGUAUUCCGCCGCUUAGACCUGCGCUUUGUGCUCGGCGCUGUGGCGCGUGGCCGCUGGCCGUGGCGGGCGCUGGUGCACGCAGGCCCUGCGUGGCCCCGGCCUGGCUUCCCUGGCGUGAGCUUGCAGCGGUGUGGCUGGUUGUGGCGGGUGUGGGGCUCCUAGAGUGACCCCAGACCGAACCUCGUGUCCCCAAGGGGCACGAGCAAGGGGUCGCCGCACGGCUGCCGUCGGCCUUCUCGGCCAGCCCCUCGGCGGUCACCGCGGCCUCACGGCGGUCUGCGCCCCACGUCCGUGGCCGGGCCCGCGCGUUCGUCAGCGCUGUCUGCCUGGCUGGCUGUCAGCCGCCCCGGCCUCUGUUCCCCGCGCUCCCCACCUCGGGCUUGUCUGCCCGCGGCGCCCGCCCACUGCAGCCCCUCCCCGCUCCUGCUCUCCCGCUCGCCGCCUUCAGCUUGAAACUCCAGACUCCCCUCGGGGUUUUCUUUCUUUUUAAAGACAGACUCAUUUAUUCACACA